GGAGGUUUUACUGCGUGCAGCACUCUGACUCUGAUCCGACUGUGAGGAGGAGGAGGACUGACAGAUCGGCUUCACUGCAAACCUCCACUGUGUCUCUAAGCUCCGCCCCCUCCCUCUCCUCUGCAGACUCUCUGGUCUUUGCCGGUCGUCGUCGCUCCUCAGUGGUUUCUGUGAAGACGGCCACGCCCGAGAGGAUCGAGCUGGAAAACUACCGUCGCAGCUCGACUAAGGAGGCGGGGCUUCUGGAGGAGGAGGGGGAGGAGCCUGAGGAGGUUUCUGAAGAGAUGCUGACCCGCUUUAAUCUGGACCUGGACCAGGAGGAGAACCACAAGUCCAGUUCGGAGUCAGAGAUGGAGGUUGAGGUUGAGGAGGAAGAAGAGGAGGUUGGAGCGUCAUGGAUGGAAACUCUACAGCUACACCUGGGUCAUGAGGAGGAGGAGGAGGAAGAGGAGGAGGAGGCGGAGCCAGAGGAAGAGGAUGGAGACGACGAGAUGGAGUCCAGUGAUGAGGGGGAGUACAGCCCCUGGGCCAUGGAGCGACGGUCAGGUGUGUGGCUCCUGAUGGAGGAGGACACAGAAGCUGGAGGUGACAUCACUCCCUCAGACACACCUGUGGAGCCCGACUCCACCUCGAGCCCUCUGCCCUGUGUCAACCCCUCCCUGACCCCCUCUGAGCCCCGCCCCCACGUCUUCACGCCCUCCACCGCCUCCUUCGUAUCCGAGCCUGACUCCACCCACAAUGACAGCGACACAGCUCCACCCACAUGGACCACGCCUGAGGUUGUCAUGGAAACAGCAUGUCAGAAACAAGCCUCCUGGCUCCCAGAUAAAGGGCGGGGCUCAUUUGAUGACAUCAGCCCUGAAAUGCCCCCAAUGAAGCCCCUCCUCCUGAAGGACAAAUGGGAGGAGCCAGAAGAGGAGGAGUUUGAGCAAAAGGAGGAGGAGGGGGAAUCUGACGGAAGAAGGAGGAGACACAGAGGAGCCCACACCCUCCCCCCUCGCCUCCACCCUCCCCCUCUGGCUGGGGGAGGGGCUUUCCUCCUUCAGCUGAAGGGACUUAGAGAGGCUCCGCCCUCUGGGCUCUUUGAUGUGGAAGGAGGCGGGGCCAGAUCUCUGUGGAGGGCAGUUUUCCCCGGAAACAGGAAGGAGAAGAGGAAGAAGAAGAUGGGCGAGAGCUUACCUGCAGAGAGGACGAAGAAAGACGAGGCCAACAAGAGGAGAGUGAAAGGUGUGAGAGGAUGCCUGACGGAGGAGGAGUCGUCUGACCUGCUGCACACACGAAACAACAGACGCUCUCAGAGAGGCUCCGCCCCCCUCCAGGACUCCGACGGACGGUCCUCGUGUCCCACCGAGGUGGUCGGCGUUCUGGUGGAGUCGAAGGAGCCGUCGAGUCUGAGCGUGAAGGAGACCAUGUUCCAGAGGGGACAGGAGGAGGAGGACCUGGACGCCAAAAUCACCCGGCGGGUCCAGAGAGCUGCGAGACGGACGGCCAAACAGGAAGAGCUGAAGAGACUUCACAGAGCCCAGAUGAUCCAGAGGCAGCUGCAGCAGGUGGAGGAGAAGCAGAGACAGCUGGAGGAGAGAGGAGUGAUAGUGGAGAAAGCUCUGAGAGGAGAAGCAGAUUAUUGGGAAGAUGAUGACAACAGCCCAGACAUCGAGCUUCACCUGGAAGGUCUGGGUAAACUGGAUAACACGGUUCUGAUGAAGACCUGGUUCCAGCUGGUGCAGCAGAAAAACUCUCUGAUUAGAUACGAGUCUGAACUCGUCAUACUGGCUCGGGAGCUGGAGCUGGAAGACCGCCAGAGUCGACUACAGCAGGAGCUCAGAGAGAGGAUGGCCGUGGACGACCACCUGAAGGGGGCGUGUGAGUUGGUGGAGGAGCGUCUGAUCCUCGAGGAGAUGUUGGAGGUGGUGGAGCAGAGAGACUCUCUGGUGUCCCUGCUGGAGGAGCAGAGACUGCAGGAGCGACAGGAAGACCACGACCUGGAGGAGAUCAUGAUGACUCGACCGCUCGGACUCAGCUGGACCUGAACCCGUCACAGCGACCACCAGACCUGAACCCGUCACAGCGACCACCAGACCUGAACCCUGUCGAGUCACAGCGACCACCAGACCUGAACCCUGUCGAGUCACAGCGACCACCAGACCUGAACCUGUCACAGCGACCACCAGACCUGAACCUUUUCGGGUCACAGCGACCACCAGACUUGAACCCUGUCGAGUCACAGCGACCACCAGACCUGAACCCUGUCGGGUCACAGCGACCACCGUAACAUAUUAAAAAAGUUUAAACCAUUAAAAAAAAAACUCUCUCCACUAAACCCCGCCCCCACCAAAUGGUGUUGUCAUGGAAACGGUCUGUUCCACUCAGCUGGUGUUGUCAGAGUCAAGAGGACAGAAACAAUCGACAGACGAUCCAAUAUACAUCCAGAAAGUUCAUGAGUAGAAAUAAAGACAGUUAGAAAGUGAAUAAUCAGAACUGGGUCUAACCCAGUGUAACCAGUUUAAUCAGAGUUCAAGUCAAACCAGUUAAAGAAGUUUAAGUGUGACUAGUUAGCGGAGUAACUAGCAGUGUUAUCAUCUCAUAUUUUAACUUUAUGGUCAUAAAAACAGAAAAGUUUAAUUUGUAACAGUUAAAAAUUAAAACAUUUUUUUUUACAUUGUGCCAAAUGUUACUGAUCAGCCUUUGUUUACCUGAUCAGUCUUUGUUUACCUGAUCAGCUGAUCAACAGGUGUUGUUAAAGCUGAUGCGGUCAAAGAGUCAUGUGACUGAUCAGCUGAUUAUUAAUUUAAGUGCAAGAUAAACAGCCUUUAACCUAAAGUCUGACUUUUUAAUCUUCUUUAAUAAAAUAUUCACACCUCAA